ACUGCGCAUGCGCAGGGGGUGGACUGCCAGGUCGGCUCAGGGAGCCGUGACGAGUCCGGAAGCGCCUGCGCGCGCUCCUCGGUACGCGAACUAGUUUUGUUCCGUGCCCUCUGAACUGGAACCUUUCGGAGAGAACCCCCGGCAGGACCAACCCCGCACCCGCCAGCACCGCGGCAAUGUCCAGCAACAGUUUUUCUUACAAUGAGCAGUCCGGAGGAGGGGAGGCGACGGAGCUGGGUCAGGAGGCGACCUCAACCAUUUCCCCCUCGGGGGCCUUCGGCCUCUUUAGCAGCGAUUUGAAGAAGAAUGAAGAUCUAAAGCAAAUGUUAGAGAGCAACAAAGAUUCUGCUAAAUUGGAUGCUAUGAAGCGGAUUGUUGGGAUGAUUGCAAAAGGGAAAAAUGCAUCUGAACUGUUUCCUGCUGUUGUGAAGAAUGUGGCCAGUAAAAAUAUUGAGAUCAAGAAGUUGGUAUAUGUUUACCUGGUUCGAUAUGCUGAAGAACAGCAGGAUCUUGCCCUCCUGUCCAUAAGCACUUUUCAGCGAGCUCUGAAGGACCCAAACCAACUAAUUCGUGCAAGUGCUUUGAGAGUUCUGUCAAGUAUUAGAGUGCCAAUUAUUGUACCUAUCAUGAUGCUUGCUAUUAAGGAAGCUUCUGCUGACUUAUCACCAUAUGUUAGGAAGAAUGCAGCCCAUGCAAUACAAAAAUUAUACAGCCUUGAUCCAGAGCAGAAGGAAAUGUUAAUUGAAGUAAUUGAAAAACUUCUGAAAGAUAAAAGCACAUUGGUGGCUGGCAGUGUUGUGAUGGCUUUUGAAGAAGUAUGCCCGGACAGAAUAGAUCUGAUUCAUAAGAAUUACCGCAAGCUAUGUAACUUACUAGUGGAUGUUGAAGAGUGGGGGCAGGUUGUCAUAAUCCACAUGCUAACUCGAUAUGCUCGGACACAGUUUGUCAGCCCUUGGAAAGAGGGUGAUGAAUUAGAAGACAAUGAAAAGAAUUUCUAUGAAUCUGAUGAUGAUCAGAAGGAAAAGACUGACAAAAGGAAGAAGCCAUAUACUAUGGAUCCAGAUCAUAGACUCUUAAUUAGAAAUACAAAGCCUUUGCUUCAGAGCAGGAAUGCUGCGGUGGUUAUGGCAGUUGCUCAGCUGUAUUGGCACAUAUCACCAAAAUCUGAAGCUGGCAUAAUUUCUAAAUCACUAGUGCGUUUACUUCGUAGCAAUAGGGAGGUACAGUAUAUUGUCCUACAAAAUAUAGCAACUAUGUCAAUUCAAAGAAAGGGGAUGUUCGAACCUUAUCUGAAGAGUUUCUAUGUUAGGUCAACUGAUCCAACUAUGAUCAAGACACUGAAGCUUGAAAUUUUGACAAACUUGGCAAAUGAAGCCAACAUAUCAACUCUUCUUCGAGAAUUUCAGACCUAUGUGAAAAGCCAGGAUAAACAAUUUGCAGCAGCCACUAUUCAGACUAUAGGCAGAUGUGCAACCAACAUCGUGGAAGUAACUGACACGUGCCUCAAUGGCUUGGUCUGUCUGCUGUCCAACAGGGAUGAAAUAGUUGUUGCUGAAAGUGUGGUUGUUAUAAAGAAAUUACUGCAAAUGCAACCUGUUCAACAUGGUGAAAUUAUUAAACAUAUGGCCAAACUCUUGGACAGUAUCACUGUUCCUGUUGCUAGAGCAAGUAUUCUUUGGCUAAUUGGAGAAAACUGUGAACGAGUUCCUAAAAUUGCCCCUGAUGUUUUGAGGAAGAUGGCUAAAAGCUUCACUAGUGAAGAUGAUCUGGUAAAACUGCAGAUAUUAAAUCUGGGAGCAAAAUUGUAUUUAACCAACUCCAAACAGACAAAAUUGCUUACCCAGUACAUAUUAAAUCUCGGCAAGUAUGAUCAAAACUACGACAUCAGAGACCGUACAAGAUUUAUUAGGCAGCUUAUUGUUCCGAAUGAAAAGAGUGGAGCUUUAAGUAAAUAUGCCAAAAAAAUAUUCCUAGCACAAAAGCCUGCACCACUGCUUGAGUCUCCUUUUAAAGAUAGAGAUCAUUUCCAGCUUGGCACCUUAUCUCAUACUCUCAACAUUAAAGCUACUGGGUACCUGGAAUUAUCUAAUUGGCCAGAGGUGGCGCCCGACCCAUCAGUUCGAAAUGUAGAAGUAAUAGAGUUGGCAAAAGAAUGGACCCCAGCGGGAAAAGCAAAGCAAGAGAAUUCUGCUAAGAAGUUUUAUUCUGAAUCUGAGGAAGAGGAGGACUCUUCUGAUAGUAGCAGUGACAGUGAGAGUGAAUCUGGAAGUGAAAGUGGAGAGCAAGGCGAAAGUGGGGAGGAAGGAGACAGCAAUGAGGACAGCAGUGAGGACUCCUCCAGUGAGCAGGACAGUGAGAGUGGAAGGGAGUCAGGCCUAGAAAACAAAAGAACAGCCAAGAGGAACUCGAAAGCCAAAGGAAAAAGUGAUUCUGAAGAUGGGGAGAAGGAAAAUGAAAAAUCUAAAACUUCAGAUUCUUCAAAUGCCGAAUCUAGUUCAGUAGAAGACAGUUCUUCAGAUUCUGAAUCAGAGUCAGAAUCUGAAAGUGAAUCUGAAUCCAGAAAAGUCACUCAGGAGAAAGAAAAGAAAACAAAACAAGGUAGAACUCCUCUUACCAAAGAUGUUUCACUUCUAGAUUUGGAUGAUUUUAACCCAGUAUCCACUCCAGUUGCACUUCCCAUACCAGCUCUUUCUCCAAGUUUGAUGGCUGAUCUUGAAGGUUUAAACUUGUCAACUUCCUCUUCAGUCAUCAGUGAAAGAAAACCACUGCAUCUAAAGUUGGGCAAAAAACGACCGCCAGUUGACACGGCUGAGUGAAGCAGGACCACAACACUCACUCCCCAAAAGCUAACAAAAUGAUCAAACAAGUAGUGCUAAAAAGAAUGACAACCAGAAGUUCACCAGCAACAAUAAAAUAAGGACAGGAAUAGAACUUUAAACAAAGAAAAUGCUAGAACUCUGAAAAAUGGAACCUGUAGAAAUAAACUGAAUAUUCUGCUGCAGAAUGGUAUGGCUCCUAGUAGCACAUCCAGCCCUCAAAACAGUACUGAGAAAAGAAGAUGAAUCAACCAGAGUUUAAUCUUCUUCAUUAUGUGUCUGAAUUUGGAAAGAAGUGGACGGAAGACAUCAGAGGAAAAUAAGGAAAACCCCUCAAGAAUUACAACUCCCAUAUAAUGCUGUGAGAUCUCAAUAAAUCUAGGAGCUUUUUUGGAUCCUGAAAUGAAGUUCAUAGAUGAUAGAGUACAUCUAUAAUUUUAAAGUCAACAUGUUGUCCUAGUUGAAUAGAAAAAAUAAAAGUAACAUAUAAUAAACUAGUAUUUUCAAUGAUAUGUAACUGUUUGUCCAUGACUACACUAGAAGUAGUUAAAUGAUGCUGGCACUCUUAUAUAGAACUCAUGAAUGUGAGAACUAUAUGUGCAGAUUUAUAUAGGUGUGUUGUUCGGCAACUCAAAUGCUAUGGGUUGCGGUAUUGCCAUCAGUGACAUAGUUUUCCAAACACUGAACAGUUUUUCUGCACCAAAGUAGUUGCAUUCCUGGAAAACUGAACCUGUUAAAAUCUUGCCAAAGAGAAGAAAAACUUCGUAUUUUGUGUGAAAUGUUCUAGGAUCAAGUAAUUUUAAGCAUGUUUUCACCUCACGAAUGUUUAACAAGACAUUUGAAUGUUAAUAGUUUCAUUUUCUCAUAGUAGGAAACAGAGCUUUUGUGAGGGACAUGGUACAGUCUGUAUCGUCAGGAUCUGCCCUAUUCAUUACCACGAACAUCUAGCAUUCCUGGCCUUCACUCCUUAAAGCUAGCGGCAUCCUUUACUGUCCCUCCCUCCAGUCGUGUCCUAGCUGCAAACGUCAAAGCAUUAUGUAGCGGUGAGAAGCACAGGCUCUUGAUUCAGACUCCCUGUGUUCAAAUCAGAGUUCUGCACUUUACAAAUUAGAGACUUUGGGCAAGUCAGUUCCCCUUCCAGUGCCUCUAUUGUUUUCAUCUGUAAAAUGAUCAUGCUACCUACCUCAUAGGAUUGUUGUUGGUAUUAAAUGAUUAACAAACAUGAAAUGUUUUUAACAGUAACUGAUACGUACUAAUAACUAAAUAUUUCCUGUUAUCAUUUUCAUUACAUGUAUAUCAUUAGUGCAACUUUAUAAAGGAAAUGAACUGUGAC